AAUGUGCUCUUGGGUUUAAAAACACCUGACUUCUUUCUGGCUUGUAAACGCUCUGUGUAUUUACCUGGAUGGUUCCUUAAACAAACCCUUUCCCCCCUUCUCUCUUCUGUAAAUAACUCUGUAAUUCUCCUUCCUCAGGUUGCUGGAGACGAGGAAACGCCGGGGGCUGCUCAGUCAGAGAGUCCCAGAGGGGAGGAACCCAUCAACCUUCAGCUGACCAACGCCUACGAGUAUGGCCAGGCCCUGAACGGAGCACGCUGCAGCGGGAACACGGCGGCCUGCGCGGCCCUGUUGGCCUCAACCCCCCCCGAGAGGCUUCCCCACUUCCUAAGCACCCAGCUGGAUGGGAACACCAUCAGCUUCAUCAUGCAAGCACUGGACUCACACCUCCUGGAGAAAGACCCCCACCUGGUGUACCAACACCUCCAUCAUCUGCACACCGCCCACAGGUUUUCGGUUGUAUUGAUGCUGCUGGAGAAGGACGAGCGUCGCCACAUGACCCAGCUGUUUGAGCAUCUGUCUGCUGUGCAGAGCGCAGAGUUCACUAAGAACGAUGUCCAGAAUCUGGCCAACAAGUACAUCUGACCCCCCAAAUCCCCUCCCCUCCCCCCCGCUGCAUGAGCAUCUGCACCACGACAACUCUUGGAUCUAUGCAAAACGAUGCACAACAACUGAGUCCACAGAAAGGAAGCUGCAGAAGGCGCCCCGGUGGAACGUGUUCACUGCUGUGCUGUAGAUGAACUGAUCACUGUAUGUUUAAGUGACAAUAAGGGAUACAUUUUUCUGCCCAGAACAUUUUGCUAUGCAGAUUUACUUUUGUACCACCAUUUGCAUUGUACAACAUCAAGGCAGUGCGAUAAUAUGGACCUUUCACUUUAGUGUAUUGAUACAAAUGUCACUUUAGUGUAUUGAUAAAAAAAGGUCCAAUGUACAAUUUCAUGCAACGCUACAGGCACGUGUUCCCCUCUCAGAACUGGCUCAUGUUCCCCGGAAGGAGUCCUUUGUUAUCGAGCUUCAUUCAGACAGCAGCUGAAAUCAGAAAUGAUAUUUACCGGUAGUUCUGGGUGAAUAGAGCCAAGGAACAUGUGAGCUCAUUUGCUACUGAACUAAGAAAGGUCUCUGUUGCUUUGGGUUUAAUCCAUAAGAUAAAUUAAGAGUUUUAUUUUGACCAUAUGAUCUGUGUGGGGGAAUGGACCUGCUUUCAUUGCUCUUCUGUAUCAGUAUCUGUUGAACUGAUAUAAACUGACAGUGUUGUAGGAAACAAGAUUCCAAUGUCAAGAGUCAAAGGCAGUUUGUUGUCUCAUGUCCAUAAGGAAUGGCAGGAAGUCAUUCACCCAUUUGUUUACCAAAUGAGCCAUGCAGAUUUAACCUGGAGAGAAGCAGCAUCUUUAGGAGAAGUUCCUUAGACUUCAGGCAGGGAUGAGUGUGCAGAUACUUCUAGAAAAAGAGUAUAUCUAUAUCACUUUUUAAUGGUUUGGAUUUAUGCAUAAUAAAUCAUACGUAUAUUCACUAAGCUACAUGCGCGUAAUUGUUUGAAAUAUGUCAUUUAUUUGCUAACUUUCAAUGUUUAGUAUUUCAUUAUUGAACAUCCCAGUCAAGGUUUUACAAAUUCUACAUGAAUGUACCAAAUGUAGUCAAGGGUGACAAGAGGCAAUAACUUCACAUGUUCCAGUUUCUCCUCACUGCAGUUUGAACGUACUUCAAUAGAGAUGUAUUAACAAUGAGUAGUGUUCACAGAGGGCUGUUCAAUCAACUGGGGAAAUGUUUUCUUCUCUGUGCUAAGGUGAAAUGAAAUAAAUAAAAAUAAAAUGGA